AUGUCAGCGGCACGGCCGGGAGGAGCUCCUCCGGCUGAUGACUCGAACAAGAUCGUGCUCGAGUACCUCUACCGACGAGGUUACUACAAAGCAGAGCAAGCAUUGCGAGCGGAAGCAGCAGGAGGCCGUGCAACAGACUUGGACGAGUUUGCCAAGCGCAAUGCGGAAGGAAAACGUGGUCAGGGAGUCGACGAAUGGCGCAAGAACGUCAGCCCGGCCGUCUGGGAGGAAGGAGUGACCGCCCUGAGAGACUUCAUCUACGGCUCGCUCGAUUUUCACCGACCUGAGCUGUUACCCUUUCUGCUACCCAUCUUUGUCCAUGCCUACAUCGACCUCGUCAGUGGAGGCCUCAGGGAAGCAGCAGACUCGCUGCUGAACAAGUUCCUGCCAGAGUUCAGCGAGACGCAUGCAGCACUCAUGCGGAUGCUUGCGUCGCUCAAGUCGGCUGCCAGCAUCUCAGAGUCUGAAGAAGCGAUGCGAUGGCGGACAGAUCGCUACCUCGUCACCGUCACCCAAAGAGCUUGGUCGCUGUUGCUCGGCUGGAUGCAGGGCAACAGGAUAAGUGCUACUGGAAGAGGCGCAGCAACAGAUGGCAGUACCACAGCCGCUUCUGCUUCGUCCAGUACGAAUCUGCAAGAUCAAGGCAGAGAUAAAGUGCUCAGCAUCGUCAACGAACGCAUCAAACUUCGCAUUGUCCCCAACAAUGCAGCCUCAAAAGCGGACCUCGCCAGCGGACUAGAGUCAGAAGUAAGGUUACAGAGUCAAAAUCAGCAUGAUCUCAAGCUGGGCGCUGCGCCAAGCGACCCAAAGCUAGAGCGAGAAGUCAGGCGAAUCGUCAAGCAGGAGGAUGGCGUCACGAUGGAAGGCAUCACUUCUACCGCGCUCAGUGCGUCAACUUCGGCCGAUAAGCCCGCUCAGACCGACGCCGAUCCUCCGGUAUCUGUCGUCAUCAACGGCGUGGAAUCGCCUGCAGCGAGUGAUAUGCCGCCUUACCCAGCUUCCUUCCGUCUCAUCGACGUUCGCCGCGAAGUCGAAAAGGUCAGAGAAGCCCGCAAGCGGAUCAAGCUCGGACCAAACGCAUUCGAAACUAGCACAGUCACAAAGACAGGCUCUGCAGACCUCUCAAAACCAAGCGUCUGCCUCUUUACGCUUCACGACACGGCAGCGAGCUUGAUCACCACCCAGAUCUCAGAGGACUCUACACUGCUCGCCGCUGGCUUUGCGGAUAGCCACAUCCGUCUAUGGAACCUCAAGGGACAGCCCUUGAGAAGGCAACGAGAUGACUUUGAUCCUGAAAAGGUGGGCGACGUAGAGAAGAUUAAGCGAAUGCGUGAGAAAACAGAUGUGACGACUCGAAAGCUCAUUGGUCAUAGUGGGCCGGUCUACGCCAUCUCGUUCGAUCCCCUCGCCGGACCGGCCGGCCCUCCUCGAUACAUGCUGUCAAGCAGUCAAGACUCGACAGUGCGCAUGUGGUCGCUCGACACCUAUUCGUGCGUGGCAGUCUACAGAGGACAUCGCGAUCCGGUCUGGGAUGUCGAAUGGGGUCCCAAGGGCGUCUACUUUGCGAGCGCGAGCCGCGACAGGACAGCAAGACUCUGGGUUAGUGACCGCACAGCUGCAGUCCGCAUGUUCGUCGGUCAUCUGAGCGAUGUUGAUUGUGUCAAAUUUCAUCCCAAUUCGCUAUAUCUGGCCACCGGAUCUACCGAUCGGACUUGCCGACUCUGGGAUGUACAAAGAGGGAACUGUCUUCGCGUGUUCCUCGGUCACCGCGGUGCUGUCACUACCCUCGCCUUCAGUCCCGAUGGUCAGCUGCUAGCGAGCGCUGCAGAAGAUAUGCAAAUUAUCCUCUGGGACAUUGCUUCCGGCAAGCAGAUCAAGAGCUUUUCCGGUCAUGCGACGCGCAUUAAUUCGCUUUCCUUCAGCAAUGAGUCGACGCUGCUAGUCAGUGGCGGCUCAGACUGUUCCGUCAAAAUUUGGAACGUCACCGUCGGCUCGAGCGAGAACCGUGCGGAAGGCUACAUGGACGGUCUCGCACUCGAGGGCGGCACGCUCAACAGUGCACUGACUCGCGCGAAAGGACCCGCUGCAGCCGUACCUGAGCAGUGA